AUGGAUGGAGCUGCUGCCAGAGGUCGGCUUGAUAUUGUGAAGUGGCUGUCAGUAGUACGGAAUGAGGGCUGCACCAUUGCAGCGAUCGACGGAGCGGCAAAAAACGGGCAUUUGAAGGUAGUAAAGUGGCUUUGCAAUCAUUACAUUGGAAGGUGCUCGAGCGGAGCUUUAAAUGCUGCAGCAAAGAAUGGUCACGUUGACAUAGUGAAGUGGCUCUGUCGACGCAAUCGCGGGCGAAGCGAUCAUGAGCCAUACAAGAUUACCUACGGGGUGCAGGCCGUUGCGUGUUCUGGUGAUACAGACGCCUUGCGAGAAGUUUUGCGAGAAAACUGUAGCUGGUACUAUGUCGGUCGAGCUCUUGAAGAUGCGGCGUCGCAAGGUCUGACAGACGUCGUGAAGGUUAUACUGACAGUGAAUCUUCAGCAAUCAAAUGUCAGUCGUGCGCUGAAGAACGCAGUGGACAUGGGACACGAGGAAACUGUCAAGCUGAUGGCAGAUCUUUGUUCUUCCUCAGAGAUCAGAGCUGCGCAAGUAAACUCGACCGCCUCAUGCAACAAGAAGAUCUCUGACUUGCUUUGUAGAGCACUCGAGGCGAGGGAUGUCGAAGAGAAGUGGGGAUAUUUUCGGACGCAACGCAAGACACUUGAACGUAUGAAGACGUAUCGCGGUAUCGGACGUAGUCAGGAUAAAUCCGUGUCGUUUUGCGGGUUACUUCGGUCGUGGUGA